UGGCUGGAAGGGCGCUGAUGCCGUAUGCUGUCAGCAGAGGGCUUCCUUGCGCAGGUCGUCGGUGAGAGGGGUUAGUCUGGCGCCGCCAUUUUGUCCGCCCGCUUGUGAUACCCGCGCUUCGAGCCGUGACGAGAGGAUGGGGGAUCAUUAUAAUCGAGGCGGAUACCCACCCGGGCCUCCCAGGGAUUUCCGUAGGGAUGACCGAUAUUACGGACAUGGACCAGACCCUUAUGGCCCUCCAGGGGGAGGCUUCCCACCUCAAAACAGACCAGACCCUAUUAAGCAGGAACGAGAGCCAUUUUUUGACAGGAGACCUUUGGACCCAGGACCUCCUACACUUAGCCUAAACACAGAGAUUAAACAGGAGGAACCUGACCCUGGUUACCGGGCCCCAAAUGCGUCUGGUCCACCACAGCCCUUCCAGAACCGCAAAAGACCAUUUGAGGAGAAAGGGAGGGGCUUCUAUGAGCACCGCGAUGACAAGAGAGCGCAGUCCCCACAAGGUCGUGGAGCUGAUGAUGAAGACGAUCCAUUUGAUGAGAACGUUGUUGUUUUAGAUAAUUAUAACAGUGAUCUGCACUUCAAGCUCAGCAAAGACCGCAAUACUGGUUUCCCACUUACCAUGCAAGGGUUUGCUUACCUGUGGUCUGGAGCUCGGGCUACACAUGGGGUCAACAGGGGUCGGGUGUGCUUUGAGAUAAAGAUUAAGGAAGAAAUUGCAGUAGCUCACCUCCCAUCUAGUGAGCCAGAUCCCCAUGUAGUACGUGUCGGGUGGUCUCUGGAUUCCUGCACCACUCAGUUAGGAGAGGAACCAUUUUCCUAUGGUUACGGGGGUACAGCAAAGAAAUCUACAAACAGCAAGUUUGAAAACUACGGGGAAACCUUUGGAGAGAAUGAUGUCCUUGGAUGUUUUAUAGAUUUUGAAACUCGUGGCGACAUAGAGAUUUCCUUCUCAAAGAAUGGUCAGUAUUUCGGUACGGCUUUCCGCGUGAACAGAAGUACCGUAGGCAGUCAAGCCUUCUUCCCCCACAUCCUUGUGAAGAACUGCUGCGUGGAGUUUAACUUUGGCCAGAGAGUCGACUCUUUCUGCAAUAUUCCGCCAGGUUUUACCUUCAUCCAGCACCAGCCUGCCUAUGAACGAAUAAGAGGGACUUUAGCUCCAAAGAACAAAGGAGAGUGCGAGAUUCUGAUGAUGGUGGGAUUGCCUGGAGCCGGGAAGACAACCUGGGCAAUGAAGCACUCAAAAGAAAACCCUGAAAAGAAAUACAAUAUCCUUGGCACCAAUGCCAUCAUGGAAAAGAUGAGGGUAAUGGGCCUUAGAAGACAGCGUAACUAUGCCGGUCGCUGGGAUGUCCUUAUUCAGCAAGCCACAAAGUGUUUAAACCAACUCAUCCAGAUAGCUUCCCGCAGGAAACGGAACUACAUUCUAGAUCAAACUAAUGUCUAUGGUACAGCUCAGCGCAGGAAGAUGCGACCAUUUGAAGGAUUUCAGCGCAAGGCCAUCAUAAUCUGCCCCACAGAUGAAGACUUACUGGAUCGUAUUGUUAAACGGACGGAUGAGGAAGGGAAGGAUGUUCCUGACUCUGCCGUGCUAGAAAUGAAAGCUAAUUUUAGCUUGCCAGAAGCUGGUGAUUUUCUCAAUGAGGUGAUCUACAUUGAGGUACAGAAGGAGGAGGCUGAACAAUUAGUGCGUCAGUACAACAUCGAGGGAAAGAAAGCUGGCCCGCCUCCAGAAAAGAAGUUCAGGGGCCGUGGUGGAGGACCUCCUGGUGGUGGCGGUGGCGGUGGAGGAGGAAGAGGAGACGGGGGCCGAGGAGAUGGAGGCCGAGAAGAAUUUCAACGUUUCGACAACCGUGGCCCUCCUGGAGGGAACAGAGGAGGGUUUUUGGGUAGAGGUGGAAGUGGCGGACCUGGGUUCAGAGGUGCUGGAGAGCGAGGCCGUGGAUUUGGCCGAGGUGAAAGUCGUUGGUCAGGAGGCUCUCAGGAUAAUGGCUCUGAACAUAGAGGAGGCUUUGGCCAGAACAGCCAGCAGCCCAGCUACAGUCCAGGAGGAACCCAGGGUGGCAUUUAUGGAAGCGGUGGGAACUCCUCAAGCCUGUCACAGAAUGCACCAAGCAGCUAUGGCCAACAGUCAGGCUUCGGCGGCUAUGGCCAAAGUGGUGGAAGUGGAUACAGCCAGGGUGGCGGUUACGGACAGGGAGGAGGAAGCGGUGGUGGAUACAGUCAGGGAGGAGGAAGCGGUGGCGGAUAUAACCAGGGUAGCAGCAGCUACAAUCAAGGGGGUGGAAGCAGUGCUGGCUAUGGUUAUGGUGGCGGAAGCACUGGGAGCUACGAUCAAAGCAGCGGAGGAAGCUAUGGACAGGGAAGUGGAAGCAGCAGUAGCUACAGCCAGGGAGGUGGAGGAAGCUACAGUCAAAGCCCUGGAAGCGCAGGUGGCUACAACCAGGGCAGCAGUGGUGGCUACAGCCAGGGAAGCGGUGGUGGAUACAGUCAGGGAGGAGGAAGCGGUGGCGGAUAUAACCAGGGUAGCAGCAGCUACAAUCAAGGGGGUGGAAGCAGUGCUGGCUAUGGUUAUGGUGGCGGAAGCACUGGGAGCUACGAUCAAAGCAGCGGAGGAAGCUAUGGACAGGGAAGUGGAAGCAGCAGUAGCUACAGCCAGGGAGGUGGAGGAAGCUACAGUCAAAGCCCUGGAAGCGCAGGUGGCUACAACCAGGGCAGCAGUGGUGGCUACAGCCAGGGUGGUGGAAGUAGCUACAACCAAACCAGCGGGAGUGGCUACGGUGGUCAGAGUUAUAACAGCAGCAGCACCCAAAGCUACGGCGGUGGUUCACAAAGUUACAACCAAGGCUACAGCCAGCCUCCACCACAGAGUUCCACAUCCUCUAAUUCCAGUUAUAACCAGGGAAGCUACAGUCAGCCGUAUCAACAGACGUAUGGAGGAGGCCAGCAGUUGAGUCAGUAUGCGAGCCAAGGACAGGGCCAGAAUCCUAGUCCUAGUCCAAGUCAAGGUCAAGGCCAGUGGAAUUAUGGAAGUGGCAGCUAUGACCAGCCCAGUCGAUAUGGAGGAACCCAAUGAGAUUCUCUAGCGUCCAGUCACCAGGAAUAUGACACUUUGUUUUUGUCUUGCACAAGUACUGAAAGAUCUCAAACCAUGUUGGAUUAUCUCACCAUCUUUGUUAUCCAAAUAAAUGCAGACACUUGUGCUGGGUCUGAUGUGGAGAAAUGGUUUGUUAGCACCGAGACAAGUACUAUGUUAAUAAUUUUAAUGUGUCUGAACAGCAAUCCAUACCGUGAAUAGAAUCCCUUUUAGCUAGUAAUUGUCCAUUUGAAAGUUGUUUCUCUG